CACCGAGACAAAGUAAUUGUAAAAAAUGACUCAAGCGCCAAUUUCUACUUCUUAGUCUUGGUUCUUCCUUUUUGGCUCCUUUAAAGCGAUUCACCCACUCAGAAGACAUACCUUCUACUUCUAUGCAAAUCAUGGCCUGCUGGCCAUCCAUAAAGAAGUUCCUCAAUCUCCUUUUCGGACACGAACUAAAAGAUGACGAGCACCGCAACUAUCUCCUCGUGGUGGCCACCCUGAUCGCCGCCGUGACUUUCCAGGCUGGUGUGAACCCCCCUGGCGGGGUUUGGCAGGAUGGGGUCAAGGCGGGGCGUGCCAUCUAUGCCUCGGAUGAGACGGCCUUCUUCGUGUUCCUGUUGUGCAACACGCUCGCCCUAUCCUCAUCGACCCUCCUCAUUCUCUCCCUUACUUGGGGCUUCCCUUUCUUCCUUGAGGUGGUUGUUGCUACGGCCUCGAUGUUGAUGACCUACGGGGCCUCAAUCUUUGCGAUCGCCCCGAGGGACACGAAGACGGUGAAGUUCCGAUACUUGUUGUCCAUUGCGGCGGCUCCAGUCCUCAUGAGGGUUGUCAUUCUGAUAUGCAAGUAUGUCAAGAGCAAAUUGUAAAAAGGGAGCACGUGAGUGGUAAGUUGGGUAGUUAGAAGUCAUAUUUCAACAAUCAUGUAUUUUUAGCUAGCAAGAGAGAGAGAAAGAGAGAGAGAGGAACGUGAUGUUGCAAUUGUGAAAGCCAAAAUUGACUUUGGUUUUGAUGGUAAUGCAGAGUAGAAUAAGCAUGUUUCAUUGGUGAAGCUCUUUCUCUGUAUGGAAACUUCAGAUCUUAUUAGAUUAGACUUAGAGGAUCAUUGCUGAGA